AGCAAAAUGUCAGGUUUUCAAGGUAUUAAAGGUUGGUUCCGCAAAAAGGAACCCAUUUCAGAAAUUGGUAAUCCCACCAAUUUUCAACGACACUUUCAUGUGUCGCGCAACGAAGAGACUGGCGUGUUGGAAGGCCUACCCGCACCCUGGGUUCGGUUAAUGAAUGCCCAAAUUACACGCGAUGAACAAGAUAAAAAUCCCGAUGCUGCCUAUCAGGCGGUAAAAUUCUACAAUUAUUCCAUCAAGAAGAAGGAGAACGAUGUCAUCUUUAAGCCAUUCAUUACGGAGGAGGCCAUACACGAAGAAUCCAAGGAAAUUGAUAAUUAUGUCAACUACAAAAACAAACAUAAAUCACAAGACUUGGACAAGUCAGAGGAUGAACGGAGUAGUGAUGGCAGUGGCACCAUAAGUGGCUCAAGUACUGCCGGCAGCAGCAGCAAUAAUAGUUUUAAUGACCAGCAACACCAAAGUAACAGCUGUCUGUCCGGCCUGAACAAAGUGAUCGAAGAGUUGGAGUCCACGUUGGAACAACGUGAAACAUUGAAACCUGAUGCCAUUACGGGUGAAUUGCCGCCACCACUGCCUGCCAAAAAAACACAAACUUUGCCACCCAAACCUCAGACCAAACCUAAACCCAAGGGCAUAUCGCACAAACAUUCCAAAGGUUUGGCCGAUCUGAGCAAAUUAACCAGCCAAGAUGACAGCCAUCCAGUCAUAAACACAGAUACCAUUAUCAUUAAGCCGGCCACAACUGAUGGCGAAGGUGACGGUGAUGAGACCAUUCUGAGACGUUCCAAGGAUAAGCGUGGCCAAAAAACUGACUCAGAAAUUUAUGAGGAACUCAGAGCGAUAUGUAAUCUGGACGAUCCGCGUGAACGCUAUAAAACUACCCAGGAAGUGGGUAAAGGUGCCUCGGGCAUUGUUUUUAUAGCGGCCGAUAAACAAACCGAAAAUCAAGUGGCUGUCAAGACAAUCGAUCUGAAAAAUCAAUCUUCCAAAGAUCUCAUUUUGACUGAAAUUCGAGUCCUUAAAGAUUUCAAUCAUAAAAAUUUGGUCAAUUUCUUGGAUGCCUAUCUAUUGGAACCUGAGGAUCAUCUCUGGGUCAUUAUGGAGUACAUGGAUGGUGGUCCGCUGACAGAUGUUGUCACCGAGACCGUGAUGAAGGAGCGACAAAUUGCCUGUGUCUGCCGUGAAGUAUUGUAUGCCAUUAGUUUCCUACACUCCAAGGGUAUUAUACAUCGUGAUAUUAAAUCGGAUAAUGUUCUGCUGGGCAUGGAUGGGUCGGUGAAGGUGACCGAUUUUGGUUUUUGUGCCAACAUUGAGGGCGAUGAGAAACGCCAGACCAUGGUUGGUACACCCUAUUGGAUGGCCCCCGAAGUGGUGACACGUAAGAAGUAUGGCAAAAAAGUGGAUAUCUGGUCAAUUGGUAUUAUGGCCAUCGAAAUGAUAGAGGGUCAGCCACCCUACCUGUACGAGACACCAUUGAGAGCCCUCUAUUUGAUUGCGGCCAAUGGUCGGCCCGACAUAAAGAGCUGGGAUAAGCUUAGUCCAAAUUUACAAGAUUUCUUGGAUUGCUGCUUACAGGUGGAGGUGGAUAAACGUGCCACAGCCGACGAAUUGCUGAAACAUCCAUUCCUAGAUGAUUGCAGUGAAUUGAAGGCAUUAGUGCCAAAUAUUAAGGCAGCCAAAAAGGUAUUGCGUAAAGGUACAUAGAAAAGGCCUUGUAUAGGUAUCUUUGUACGUGCCUAAUGA